AUGGGUCUAGGGCAGGAGCCAGAGCCAGAGCCAGAGCUGGAACUAGAACUGGAGCUGGAACUUGAACUGGAGCUGGAGCUGGAGCUGGAGCUGGAGCUGGAGUUGCGGUUGCAGCUGCAGCUGCAAGAACACAUUAAUACGCGGAGAAAUUACAGAGGACCUAGGUCCGUGUCUACCGACCAGUGUCCAGUCGGACAAAUACUCCGUAUUACUCUUUUUGCGAAUGGCCGUUUAACUUCUGCGAGAUCGCGUUCUGCGGCUAUGUCGAGCCAUAUGACUGGUCGAAUCCCAUGGACCUAUCACCGGACAGCGUAUAAUCGAGGUUCGUGA